AUGGCCUCCCUCAGCGCCGGGCUGCAGCUUCUCCGCAGACGGAGCGCCAACAGGAGCGCAGCAGUGGAGCGGAGGAACCUGCUCACCGUGUGCAGGUUUUCAGUGAAGACUCUUCUGGACCGCUCCUGCUUUGAAACGAUAGAUGACUCAUCUCCAGAGUUCAUUAACUUCGUUUCCAUCCUGGAGCAUAUCCUCAGUCAUCGACUUAAAGGUCAGAUAACUUGGUUUGGAUACGAGAGUCCCCGUAGUUUCUGGGAUUACGUAAGAGUCGCUUGCAGUAAAGUUCCUCAUAAUUGCAUGCGAAGCAUCGAGAUGAUGGAGAACGUGCGAUCAUCGAGAGCUAAGGGCAGAGCAUGGAUCAGACUGGUCCUGAUGGAGAAAAGACUUGCUGAAUACAUCUCGUCUGCACUGAGGGACUUUAAAACCACCAGGAGGUUUUAUGAGGAUGGUGCCAUCAUGUUGGGUGAGGAGGCGGGGCUGCUAGCAGACACGUUCAUCGGACUCAACACAAUUGACUUCAGCUUCUGUCUGAAAGGGGCGGGUCUGGACGGCACCUGCCCCGCUGUGAUCGACUACACGCCUUACCUGAAGUUCACUCAGAGUGCAGACAGCAUCAGCAGCGAUGAGGAAGAGAUGAGGACUGUGGGGAGCAGCUGCAGUGAAAGCAGCACACCUGACAAAACUGCAACUGCCGCCUCCAUCUUUACUGAGCAGAGCAACUUGUUUAGCAAGUGCAAGCGCUUUGAGCAGAAGUAUCGCAUGGCACUGGAACAGAAGGGUUACCUGGAAGAGCUGGUCCGACUGCGGGAAGCCCAGCUGGCAGAGGCGGUAUCUCAUAACAAAGCUCUUCAGCAGAGCCUGGCAGACGUGCACCUCUCCCACACAGUGGAAAAAGAACAGCUCGAGUACAUUAUACUGGAACUACAGGACCAACUGACUGUGCUGAAGAACAAUGAUUUGCAGUCCAGACAAGAAUUGACAGCCCAUUUGACCAAUCAGUGGCCAUCUCCUGAUGCUUUGGAUGCAAAUGCGGUUGCCUUGGACACACUGCUGUACAGGAAGAGGACAGGACAGUGGGAGACGAAGAGUUUCCACAGUCUGGACCAACUCUCUGUUGAUAUGAGCCUCUCCCAAACCUCUCUAGAAAAAUCUCACACACUAGGUCUGGAGGUCAAACCAGCUAGUGCACAGUGGGCCCACCAUGGUAAAGAGGAAACACCGUCUCUUAGAGGCCUGUGUGGCUCCCUGACCUCAGUAACCAGCUACAAGUCUCUGGCCAGCCUAAAGUCCAGCGAGUGCUUGGCCAGUCCCGCUACAGAGAUCAGCAGCCCUGGUUUCACCCCUUCCUAAGGAAGGCACACUAAACAGAUGAGGACCAGUCAAUCCAGGAACUGUGUCACUCCGUGGGCUGCUGCUUACAAAACCUUAAGCUUUAACGGUGUAUUAAAAAAUGAAGAAAUUCAGCUGUACACAUUCAGGAACUGGUGCAACAUAUUCUUUGAAUCAUGUUGAAAUUCUUUCCCAUUUUAAAAGGUAGGGUGCCUCGUUAAUGUACUUUUGAACUGAGAAUACUGCAAGCUGUAAUCACAGAUGUUUGAUUUGAUGGUACGUUUUAUGUUUUCUUGAACAUAUAUUGAAAGAAUCAUCACACUGUAAUUUGUGGAACUUUUUUGUGUGUAUUUGUUCCACCACUCGUCAGAGGUGCUUGGCC